CUCCUAAGCUCCCGAUUUUACGAUCAGAGCAAGUGUCCAGCUUCAUCGAAGUGUGUUUGCCCUUCCGUCGUUUCCUCAUUACGCCAUGGCGAAGACGAGCAGGUCGCAAGCUAUGUCGACGCAGCUGAUUCUCGUCGCAGCUCUUCUAAGCUGCUGCGCUUGUAUCGUCAACACGGAGGCGAGGGUGCUUCUCACGUCUUCAGGCCUGGGAAGCUUGAUCCCGAGUUUGACUCUCUGCCCUCCUCCUCCCUCCACUGAUCCACCGGCUACUCCCUACACUCCAUCGUAUUCUCCCCCAGUUGCUUCCGAUCCUUCCCCUGUGACUCCCACUCCAGUCUACAGUUCUCCUCCUUACUCUCCUGGUACUCCCUCCGGUGGGUCUCCUGUGACCCCUUCUCCAUCCUACUCUAGUCCUCCAUACAGCCCGACUCCUUCCAGUUCAUCUCCUACGACUCCCUCAUCUCCUACUUAUUCCAGUCCUCCAUAUAGCCCAGCUCCUUCUAGUCCAUCUCCUACUGCUCCUUCAGGUCCUUCUCCGUCAUCUCCUACAUAUUCUAGCCCUCCUUACAGCCCAACUCCUUCUGGUUCUUCUCCGUCAUCUCCUACCUAUUCCAGCCCUCCUUACAGUCCAACUCCCUCCAGCUCAUCUCCUACAACUCCCUCGUCUCCAUCUUACUCGAGUCCCCCAUACAGCCCAACUCCUUCCGACCCAUCUCCUUCUACUCCAUCGUCUCCUACUUACUCCAGUCCCCCAUACAGUCCGACCCCAUCUGGUCCGUCUCCUCCUACCCCGUCGUCGCCUACUUACUCUAGCCCCCCUUACAGCCCUACCCCGUCUGGUUCAUCUCCUACCACUCCAUCAUCUCCUUCUUACUCUAGCCCCCCAUAUAGCCCAACUCCCUCUGGGGGCUCUCCCUCUGGAGGUUCUCCCUCUGGAAGCCCACCUGCAGGCGGCUACUGAGGUCCGUGAUUGUGAGUAGAUGCCAAUGUCGUAAGAGGUUAUCAACUGUGCGCCUUUUUCAAGAGGAUUCAUAAUAGCUGAGUUGGUAUGAGGCACUGGCAUUCGUCCCUUGGAGAUGUUUUUUUCAUAUUAAAUGGUGCGGGGAGCUGGCGACCUUUGCCAUGAAGGUGCUGCGAGCAUGGAGAUAAAUUAUUCCGGAUUUGUUUGUUCUUGCCAGGGUGUUACGUGCAGUGGCAGUGUGUGUAAGGGUUUUGACCCAGGCAGUGAGGAAUAAGGUGGACGUCUUGAGGGAAGUGGAUAGGCUUGUUGACCCCGUAAUUUUCUCACAGUUCCUGUGGUGCCGGGGUUGAUAGACUGCAGUGUAGUGCAGCGUUGGUUUCCUCCUGCCUUCUCUCCAAUUACGGAGGCGUGUAACCUCAUGAUAUUUCGCAAUUUAUAAUGAAGCUGCAACAUAUGAUUCAUUGUA